ACUUUUUGCGAAUUUCAUCAACGCGGUAGAACCUAUUUAGCAAAGGGGGAGCGCAUUGAGGAUUAUAGUCACCGCUAAAAGGAAAUUGCAAUGUGUGAUGGUCUAAAUUAUAGCAGAACAUAUAUUUUCAGACGCGCUCCCUCUCGUUUUUUAAAUUAUUGUGCCAUUUUAUAUGUCUAUUCAGAGAAAAAUGUCUUUCGAGACCAAUUAAUGUCAUCCUCACCUGGAUUUACAAUGAAAAUGUAGGCAUGGUCAAUUAUUUUCCGGGAAUCACAAAGAUCCAACGUUGGUGAAUGGACAACUAAGACAACCGGUAAAGCUAUCUUUUGAACACUUUUUAAGAACAAAAUCUGAUUCAUUUUCUCCUCUGCAUAACUUCAAAGAUUGAAACGGAUUGAAACCUCAUUCGACUUGAUAGAUUAACAUGAUUCUCGCAAUUUAGGAUGGAAGUAAAUUAUUAAUUGAGUGCAGAUUUUCUCCUAUUUAUAUAACAAUUCUUUUGACCAUAAGACAUACAAUUUGGGUGUAAUUUGAAAGAGACGAGCGCAUACGCCUGUGAACUCCAAUCUAUGCGCUUUUAUUGUGAUGCAGCGUAGUGUAGGGCCAUUUUUGAUCAAUGCAUAUUUGCAUUCUUGUAUUGGCAUCAAUCUGCAACAAUUGAUGUGCGGCAAUAUUUGUUCCUAGUUUAAUUUCAAAUAAACAUGGUGACGGGCCUGACGGCCGCAUCUAAAUAAGGAUCAUCAUCGUAUUGCCAUUCUGAAUACAGCCAGCGACACAUAGUGUCAAUUGAGAAAUAAAGAAGUAAAGAAGUCGAAGAAAUUUGAAAAGGGCAAAGAACAAAAAGAACCUCAAACCUGGAUUACAUCAUCAUCACUCUUGGCCAGGUGGAACAACUAGGGGGAUGUUCUACCCUGUCUUGGCCAGGUGGAACAACUAGGGGGAUGUUCUACCCAGUUUUUGAUCCAGAGGGUGUUUGCUAAUUACAACAGCCUUUCUACAUCCCUUUUUUCGUUUUCUUUCUUUUUUGGGGGGGGUUGGAUUUUGGACCUUAAUUUGCACAGACUGUUUUUCUUUGUUCCCUGUUUUGUUUUCAAGAGAGACCAAAACCAGUGCCAAACGGACUGCGCCAAGAAAAAAGCUAAAUAUCGACAACAACAAAGCUAUCAAAAAGUCACAUUUUUCAUUCAUACCUGAUUCAAUAUCAAAAUGCACAUUUUUAAUUAGUCUCCCUAACACAUAAAAUACACAUUUCAGAUCCCUAUUACAUCAAAAUAGCAUUGAAGCUCAUGGCAUACAAACGCAAAACAUAUCAAUUAAAAAGUAGUUAGAACCACAUUGUGGAGAGUUAGCCUAAUGCCUGUAGAGAGGUGUUAAACGUAAAUUCCUUUUCCGACGUCAGUGUUAAAAAAAAAAAAAUCUGCUCCUAUAAUCUUUCAGAUUUGGAUGAAUAGUGCAUUAUUGGUCCAAAGUGCUUUAUAAACAAAUCUUUAAUGGUUGGCCUGCAUCUGUUUGUAGUGCAUUAGCUGGAACAUGGUAAGCAGUGCUAACUCACAAAUUUACUCGGGCUCUGACAGCUCGGUCCCAGAGCGAUCAAUCGAACUGGGCUUUGACUGACUGAUGGGCAUCACAAGUCACAUAUAACGAGAUAAAUUGACCUUGCUGCUAUUCUGUCGCUCCUUUGCUUAUCCAUCGCUCCUCGAUUUUUUUUCUUCUUAUUUUCUGUCAGAAUCUCUCCAGCAUUCUCCCAUACAGUGCAUGUAGGCACGCCACAUUAAACAAUUUGAAAAGCCCCCUUUUCCUUUUAACCCGAAUGAUAUUCAAACCCUUGUGUCCUCUUUUGUCGAAACAUGCAACACAGCCCCUGAGCGUAUUGAUGUUGUCUGUCAAAAGAGAUAAACUUGAACACUUACUAAAGAAACAAUUAAGCCAUAUUAUACCUGCCGUACUAUGACCGAACAUUUUGAACUAUCAUCUCACUAUGUUUAAGAUUUCUUUGUACUGACAACAUCUCAUAUAUUGACUUUCAACAAUAGGUGGGCUCAUACAUUCAGGGAUACAGUGAAGAGAUUAUAUGAUACUAGGAUACCAUUUCCAUUUUAUUUAUAAGACAAUAGCUUAUAAAGCUAUUCACAUUAGAUUGUUCUACGUUUCUUUCUUAGGUCACAAUUACUAUGUAUCUGUAGUCAUCAGCCCAGGUUAGGUUAGGCUGGAAAGUGACCAUUUCGUAGUGUACGUUUCCUCCACAUAUUCUGCAUUGAACGAAUGAAUCCAGACAUUUUCAUGUCUGUUCUGUGGGCAGAGCCGCGCUGUCCUGCCAGAACCGGGCCCAAGCCCACCUUCGUUCUAUUCUGUUGGGCCGAGUUAAACUCAGAGCAGAGACACUCACGCAAGGGGAUCAAACGCACAUAGAUCCUUAGCCCCAUUUCGUCCCUCCUUCCCUCUCUCACAUUUUCCUAAUUCAUCAAACAAUUGUUGUACUAUCUCCGGCUGCCUUUAUUCCUUUUGUCCAUCACUCACUGUGUUAUAUCUCAGUUUUCCUUUUCUCACUAAGUUAGGUGUGAAUUGUGUGGUCCCAGUCUGUCUCAACUAUAUAUGCUGCUUGGUACAAUUCUGCAGUACCCACUUUCACCGGAACUCGUGACAGGCCUUUGUGAUUGGUCCUUGUCUCAUAGCGCAAACCUUGUAGACUUUCAACCGCUGUAUUUGAGUCCGAAUUAAGAAUCUAAAAUCUCUCCGAAUAAUAUUUCCUCAAUUGACCACGCAACCUCUAUUUCAUUUCCCUAAAGAGUUUUUAUUUGUGAACAAAUAGAAAGUUCAGUGCAGAAGAAAUUGCCGUAGCAAGCUAAUACUGUUAAUAAACAGUGCCAAAUCUGUUCAAGCACAUUUAUUGAUAUGAUGAAUUACAGACACCUAAAGCUGCCAGCAAAAUUGUUUACAAUUCACGCAAAGAGCUAGAAAUGGAUUUUGACUAAAGUGUUACAGAAAGGUUUUUAUGGGUCAAAUACCUACAACAGAAAACUGAUGUGCCAAUUGCAGUGAUAAUAGGAUUAAGCGUAGGUGAAAAGUACUCAAAUAAAAGUUACAUGCAACGCUUAAUGUUUACAGAGUACACCUUCCCUUCAAAGAGGAUUCGCUAGCUACAUUAUUCAUAACUUUGUGCCAUAGGUCAGUUGAGUUCAAAAGACUCCGAAGGGUUUGAAACGUUUACACAUUGAUUUUGUUUACAAGACAAUACUGCCUAUCACAAAGAAAGACAACCCACACUUGCCAUUUUAGUGAGGUCUGCACAGUAGAGACCACACAAUUAUCAAGAAACUCCAAACAUUUUUCUUACCAUUCCGUAAAAUAACACUUUGUUGACUGGUGUUUACAAUCUGUACAUUUUCCAGCAUCCUUAUCAUUCUGUUUUGUUUUUGUGUGCUAAGUUGAAGUUGUCGAGACAAACUUCAAAUAGUCCUUUCGCAAGUAUAGCCAUAAUAUAGGCCUAAAACAUAGAACUAUAGAACCUCAGAGUUUACAUGAAGCUGCUUACGCACAAUAAUAGAUUUGUAUUGAGAGCCUGAGAGAUAUGUUUACAUAGAUACAUACAAGUGACAUGCCACACGUAUUGCUUGAACAAGCAAAAGAAAUCCCUCAACUAAGUGAAAACCUCCACACUAUUGUAUGUAACGCACAUGGAAGCACUAACAAAGGAUUCGUUUACCGUAUUUAGGCUGAAAUCUUGAGUGUAAGCGUUUAAUAUUUUUACACUUAACACGUAAGUGAAAUUCAAAGAAGAAAGGAGAAGAGAACACUAUCCCUCUUGGAGGAGGACCUUCAUAUUUGAAUUCUUGACGAGCCUUUUAUUUUUUGAAUUGGCUCAGAAACGCUGAAAAAUGAGGCCUAGAACCUACAAAAGGAUGUUCAGCACCUCCCUCAUAUUUUUCUUUGUGUCCGGCCUCGUCCUUUCCGCCGUGACCAUCACCACAGAGCGCCGCUCAUCCAACGGCGGCCCCAGCGGCACCACCCUGUUCCUCCUCACCGGUUUUGGGAACAAACCGAUGCCGCCGCCCCCGGGGGGGCCAAAGGUGGCGCCUAAAGCGGCUGAAAUGGAGGACGCUCAGGACAGUGAGCCGAAAGAACCCGAAACGCUCCCAAAGCCCCUCCCCCAAAUCAAGCUCCCUCAGAACAUGACGGCAGCUGACGCCCUCAAACCUCCGCUGGGGGCCGCCCAGGUAGCGCCACCUCCCCGGCGCCUGGUGGAUGUGGACGUGUGCCGGGCCUACUACGACGUCAUGGGCCAGUUGGACAACACGUUCAACUGCUCCAAGGGGACCUACAUCUACUGCUGUGGCACCUGCCACUACCGCUACUGUUGUGACCACCAGCGUAGCCGCCUGGACCAGGAGUCGUGCAACAACUACAAAUCACCCGGGUGGCUCGACACACCGCCGACGAACACCCCGCCCCCGGGGAACCGGGGUGACCCAGACUCGGAGCAGCUGCAGCAGCAGAGCAACAGCACGGCGUACGUGAUUGGCGGGGUGAUCUCCUUUACCCUAGUGGUGGCAGUGGGCAUCAAGGUGGCCUUCCACAAGAUAUCCCGACGACCCCGGAACAGAGACAUCAACAUGCCCAGAGCCCUGGUGGACAGCCUUCGGAGUCAGGCCAGCCCAGUCCAACAGGGGGAGAGGAACAACACCACCGGCGACAUCCUCGGUCGUCCCCCCAAGAACCUUUACACCCCGGUGCUCCAGAGCAAAGACAACCGCAAGCGCGUGCCCCGCAUGAACAACGCCCAGCUAGCCUCCACGGGGACCCUCCUCACCAGCAAGCACAACAACAGCUCCGGCCUGCACUUGCACCCACAGCCCGCUUUCUCGCACUCCUUCCACAACCUGGCCCAGCUGCCCCCCUCCUACGAGGCGGCCAUGCAACCUGAGAUCAACCGCUACAGCUCCCUGAAGAAGCUCGAGAAAGAGCUGGACGACUACUCUGGCUACUACACAUCAAAGCGACGGCCUAACAACGCCCCUCCGUCAUUCCAUUCCUCCCAGCACCACCUCCACUGGGGCGGUGACUACACUCUCGGAGCCAGGGGCACCCUCCCCUUCCACUCCUCCCGGCCACGGAUUCACGUGCCCACAUCCACCCCCAACCCCUACCCUCUGCCAGCCCAGUCGUUGGGGUACCAGCCCGCCUUCGACAAGCCCCCGCGGAGGGUCAUGUCCCAGGACCAGCUCCUGGCCCUUGGUGAGGGCAACACCCUCUCCAGACUCUCCAAGAACCAGCAGCACCAGUACUACAAGGCUAUGACCACCAGCAAGAGCUCCACCUCACAGACGCUUCGCAAGUCCCACGAGAGACUCCUAGUCUCGCCCGACCGUCUGGAGGAGAGGAUGGUGGGCAUGGGCAUGCCAGGGUUGGGCGGUAUGGUGGGUAUGGGGGGCAUGGGUGACUUUGGGGGGAUGGGGGUCCCGACCAUGGGAUGCCUCAGCCACAAAGCCCAAUCACAGCAGAACGUCUGCGUCACACCCUCGCUGGACCGCCAUCACAUGAUCAAGAUGAACUCCCACCCCACAUCGGGCCACGAGCUGGAGAUGAGCGUGGCGGGCUAUCCGGCAGGAAGCUGGGGGGACCCUCAUGGGCACGGAUCAGGGAGCGGGGCGGGGACCAUCGGGGGCCACAACGCACGGAGGAUGGCAUUCGCCACCAAGAGGCAGAACACUAUUGAACAGCUCCAAUACAUCCCUGGGGGAGGAGGAGGGGGAGGGGGCCAGACAUUGAGAACGGCUAGUAAGAACGAGGUGACCGUGUGAGAGAGUAGAGACAACGGAGAAGGAGUGAUGAAGGUCGCGUUGAGAAUGUUCGAGCUGAAAGUGUUCACACAGAAAGAAGAGAAGAAGGAAAGGUCAAUUGGGGCAUGAUGGAGAGAAAGGUGAAUAGAAGGAGAAACAAGAAGAGAGACAUGGGCAAGCUGAUGAGAGAGAGAGAAGGAUAGUGCGUCCCAUCAACCGCCUCAGAUGAGUGUGUUGAAGACCAGAGAAGGAAAGACGUGAGAAGAGUGGAUGCCAUUGUUACCUGUUGCUAGGAAACACAGAAAAGGGCAAUGAUAGAAAGAAAUGAUAGAGAAAAAUUGAAUUAUUAGAGAGAAUUUUGAAUGAAGCCCAUUGAUUUGAUUCUUGGGAAAGAGAAUAUUCAGCCAUAUUGUUGAGGCAGAAAGAAAAAGGGCCAUGUAUAGAGCAAAAAAUGAACAAUUUCAAAAAGUUUUUUGUGCAAUUGAAAAAGGAUCCUAGGACAUGAUGACUUUUACUUGUGGAUCCUGCUUGGGUCAAAAUUAUUAAAUGGUUAUUGAGUUUCUUGUCAUGAAGCCUCUAGCUGCUCUGACAGAGAACAAACCUGUCUUUGAAUCUGAACAGACACAGAUGUCAAUGGAGUACAGAACAAUGUGAUGGUUGUUUGACUUUUGUAGAAAAUACAAGACUGUAAAUUGUUUUGUUUUUUGUAAAAGAAUAAAGCCCCGUUGGACAGUAUGUAUAUUCUGUGUGUUUAUGCUAUAGCCUGAUGACUGAAUGGCUGACACUGAGUGGACAUUUGAGUUGCCAAUCGUCACUUUCCUAAUUUUUGAUUGGAAGACUUGAAAAUAGACAGAUUUGGAGUACUGUUGCUAGAUACCACAAUCUAACACAACAGCCAUAACUUAGUCUGCAGACAUUUUGUAUAAGGUCAUGUAUAAGUUAAUCUCUUGAUUAUGGCUGGAUUUUCUCAGUUAUUAUUAUAAUGAUUUGACACAAACACCACUUUGCUGAAUCACCUUUGCACCCUCGCCUGAUUGGCUGGCUGGUUGACGUGACGGCUGUCACUCCCAAAGAGACAUAAGUCACUAAAGAGCAUUUUCACGGCAAUGGUCAGUCCCUUCACAGCUCUGAGGUCAGUUUCCAAACUGUGGAGCUGAUUCCAGUUACAUUUAUAGUCACACAGAAAUUCUUUGACACUGUUAUUCGACACACAAUGUCAGUCAUUGUUUUUAAGGAGAUAAAGACCACCUGAAAGAAAAAAAGAUGACAAAACUGUUGACCACAUAAGAUGAGAAUGAAAGCUCAGUGAAGUUGUGUUCAAUUUGAGGGACACUGCCAUACAGUGGCUAAUGCAAAGGCUUUGUUUAGCCAUACUUGCCCAUGGGUCUGUCCCUUACAACAAUCCCCAAAACCAGUCAAGCUCCUGCUCGAUUGAUGAUACUUUCUGAGCUGUUUACCACAGAUUGUGAGGUAAUAAAUGGAUUUGUCAGUAGUUAAUAUACACUACUCACAGUCUUCUCUGAAUUCCACAUAUUAUUACUGUUUCUGAAACUCCAGCUGUUUACAAUAUUUGGAGACAGGUUGGAAAGGGGGAACAGGGAACAAUGGAUGCUAAACACCAAGGGCUAUUCUGAAAACUCUUUGUGUGUUUGUGAUCUGUACUUUGCUGGCUUUUUACAUUUUUCUGUGUCAAUAUUGGAGACAGUUUGUGAAACACUGCAGAAAUGACAGACACAUUUUGUAAGUGUGAUGAAAACAGAGUCAAUUCUGCAAAGCUGCUUUGUGCCCUUGUGAGGUUGACAUUGAGUGUGACAAAAAGCCAAUCAUACCAUCGUUUUUUACAUUGCAGGGGUGGAGGUGGACAUGUCAUAUUUUUGUACAUUUGCAAAAGUAACAUUUUUAUUUUUUUGUGUGUUUCACAGUUAUCUGGUUAUAAGAUGGAAGAUGUGGUUUUUACUGUCCAUUUUUAAAAGGGUUGGACUCUGCACUUUGAUUGAAAGGAUAAGGAGACCAUUGUAUUUACUUCAAAUCUUUGUAUAGUAUUUCGGCUCUCCCCUUUAACUGUGAAUGGAUAAAGACAAAAAUUGAUUGAUGGAACUUUCAGACAACGUUUUUAAAACUAUGAUAUGUGUUUGUGUGUUUAUAGUCAUGAUUAUGUUUACUAUAGAUUUACUCAGAUUAUUAUUAUCACCAUGGUUAUUAGUUACCCCUAUUGUUUUUUUUAUUCUCUGUGAAGCUCAAUGUUUCCUGGAUUUUGAAUAUUGAACUUCCUAGUGGAUUUUAACCUUUGUAUUCUUGACGGAAAACCCCCCAGAUGCAAUCAAAGUCAAAAGACAAACCGCAUGAAGAUGUCAAAGCCAGUGUUGAUGAUGUCAUAGUGCUGACUUAUGACGUCAUGGCGUGUAUGUCUAAUGUACAUGCGUCUGUAUUUGCCGUGUGUGUAUUUCAAUGUCUUUUCAGGAAUGAUGAAUCUCACAUUUGAUCUGACUUGGGAUAUUACAAGUAAGACAAUUGUGUUUUUCAGAAAAUCCACAAACUAUUUAAAACCCAAGGCUAUGAUCAUAUUAUUCAUAUUGGCUUUUUGGAUUCAAAAGCCUAAUAUCGCAAAGGACAUGCAUCACAGCUUUCCUUGUUAAGCUACAUUCAACAAAGCAAAUGUAACAAAAAAAAAUGUUUCUCAAAUUUCAAGUUGUAGAGCAAAAGCUAUAAAAUUACAUUGUUAACAUUUUUGGUGAAAAUUUGUGCAUUUCAUUUUAAGAUUACAUUUAUGUAACCGGAAUGUCACUCUUUUCAAGAACUUUACUCUUUAUUGUAGAGAAUGGGGAUUUUUCUAGAAUAGUUUGGAGAAUGUAUUGUGGCUUGCCUUGUUGUUUGACAUGAUUAUGGAUAACCAGUUAUAGGACUAGAAUGGCCCAAUGAUUUUUACAGAGAGGAAACGUCAGAUUCCAUAACUAGAAUCUUGUUAAACUAAAAUGAAGAAAGGCUAAAUAUAUUUGUCACACGAAGAUUCAGUUAUAUUUUCAAUGUAUGUUUUUAUUGUACAUUUGGAGGUAUACUGAUGUUGUGAUUAUGUUUUAGUUGAGUACGUCCUCAUUAAUCGGUGUGCCUGUAAAUGUACUGUUGAUUAAUGUGUGUGUGUGUGUGUGUGUGUGUGUGUGUGUGUGUGUGUGUGUGUGUGUGUGUGUGUGUGUGUGUGUGUGUGUGUGUGUGUGUGGAGGUAAGAGGGAGGUUGUGGUAUAAAAUGUUUGUUUUUGUGUGUGGCUCGUGGGGCGACAGUUAGUGGUGUGAGGUUUUUUAGAAGGAAGGAGUUGUGAGUAAGCACGAGACAGCUUCAUUGGCCCUUAAUUGUAUUUCGGGGCGAGGAGGAGGCGGGGCUACAUUGUAUCCCCCAAGUAAUUUGGCAUACCUCAGAAAAAUUUAUAGGGAUUCAUCUAAUACAUAAUCCCCAUGUCUGUUUCCAAGAAUAUUAGGUGAAGCUCUUACUAGCGUGCAACCCAUAUUUUGGUUAUUGGUCAAUUCUCGCAUUUGUAGAAUCGUACUGUUGAAUUGUUAAUAACAAUAAAAAAAAUAUCCACAAUGA